CCGAAACUCGGCCACUUUGUUCAAGUCUGUCGCCGGAUUCGCAUAGACUCUGUGAUUUCUCAUUCAAUUUAUUCGAGACUAUCCUUUUAAACCACCAUGGGCAAGGAAAAGAUUCACAUUAACAUUGUCGUCAUUGGACAUGUCGACUCUGGCAAGUCCACCACCACUGGUCACUUGAUCUACAAGUGCGGUGGUAUCGACAAGCGUACCAUUGAGAAGUUCGAGAAGGAAGCUCAGGAAAUGGGCAAGGGUUCCUUCAAGUACGCAUGGGUUUUGGAUAAAUUGAAGGCCGAGCGUGAGCGUGGUAUCACCAUCGAUAUCGCCCUGUGGAAGUUUGAGACUGCCAAGUACUACGUCACCAUCAUUGACGCCCCUGGCCACAGAGAUUUCAUCAAGAACAUGAUCACUGGUACCUCCCAGGCUGAUUGUGCUGUGUUGAUUGUUGCUGCCGGUACUGGCGAGUUCGAGGCCGGUAUCUCCAAGAACGGUCAGACCCGUGAGCAUGCCCUGCUUGCCUUCACCUUGGGUGUGAAGCAACUGAUUGUUGGUGUCAACAAGAUGGAUUCAUCUGAGCCACCAUACAGCGAGUCCCGUUAUGAGGAAAUCAAGAAGGAAGUCUCCUCAUACAUCAAGAAGAUCGGUUACAACCCAGCCGCUGUUGCCUUCGUGCCAAUCUCCGGAUGGCACGGCGACAACAUGUUGGAACCAUCAACCAACAUGCCAUGGUUCAAGGGAUGGAAGGUUGAGCGCAAGGAGGGUAACGCCGAUGGCAAGACCCUCAUCGAAGCUCUCGAUGCCAUUCUGCCCCCAAGUCGUCCCACCGACAAGGCCCUGCGUCUGCCCCUGCAGGAUGUCUACAAAAUUGGCGGUAUCGGAACAGUACCCGUCGGUCGUGUGGAGACUGGUGUCCUGAAGCCUGGAUGCGUUGUUGUCUUUGCCCCAGCUAACAUCACCACUGAGGUUAAGUCCGUGGAAAUGCACCACGAAGCCCUCACCGAGGCCGUUCCCGGAGACAAUGUUGGUUUCAACGUUAAGAACGUGUCCGUCAAGGAAUUGCGUCGUGGCUACGUUGCCGGUGACUCCAAGGCCAGCCCACCCAAGGGUGCUGCUGACUUCACCGCCCAGGUCAUCGUGCUGAACCAUCCCGGUCAGAUCGCCAACGGCUACACUCCAGUGUUGGAUUGCCACACCGCUCAUAUUGCUUGCAAGUUCGCUGAGAUCAAGGAGAAGGUCGACCGUCGUUCCGGCAAGACCACCGAGGAGAACCCCAAGUUCAUCAAGUCUGGUGAUGCUGCCAUCGUCAACUUGGUGCCAUCCAAGCCUUUGUGCGUUGAGUCCUUCCAGGAAUUCCCCCCAUUGGGUCGUUUCGCUGUCCGUGACAUGAGACAGACCGUCGCUGUGGGUGUUAUCAAGGCUGUCAACUUCAAGGAUGCCUCCGGUGGCAAGGUCACCAAGGCUGCCGAGAAGGCCACCAAGGGCAAGAAGUAGCAAGUUUGCAACAACAGCACAACAAACAACAGCAACAUGAUGAUGAUGAUGCAUUCAAUAACAACAACAACAACACUCAAUAACGAUCAGCACAACAACAACAAUAAAAGUAGUUUAGUCGAAGCCAACCCAACAACAACACCAACACCAGUUCUGGCCAAAACAAAUGAUAAGAUGAAGUUGCAGCAAAAGCAAAAAUUUAAUUUCUUCCAUCGCAAAGAAUUUCGGAGGAUACGAAUGCUAUUAGGACGCCUUAUUGGAUCGAUGAUGGGAUGAGAGGUCUUUGGAGCAACCCGAUGGAGAUUGUGUGUUGUGCAUACAUGCAAAUCUCCCUGUCCGCCUGCCUUCCACCCGCACAAGAAACACACACACACUACUCAUCCUUAUCCUCCCGCCCCGUUUUAGUUUACUAUAUAUGAUAUUAUAAUAAAUUGGACACAAUUUUCUUUGUUAUAGUAUUGUAUCUGGAUAAUUCAAGCAUAAAAGCGUGUCUCCUAGCAUUUAUAUAACAGAAUUUUGUUUUUGUACUUUUGAUUUGUAAUUCUUAUCUUACCAUUACAUAUAUUCCUUUAUUGCACUCAA